AUGAGUGCCGUUUACCAUGGACCUCAGGCGGUAGCAUACGAAAGCCGCCUGCCAACCCAUGAGCAUCACACGCUGGACCAGAUUGAGAGAUCUCGGCCGUAUGCACAAGAGGCUCACAACGGCAUGGAGAACUACGAGAGACACCCUGCACAGAGUCACUUUCAGCAGUAUCAACCACAGGUCCCUCCACAAGCACGACAUCUGUUGACGUGUCUUUUCUGGUUCGAGUCGCCCAAGAUACUGGAAACUGCUGAGACAAUCCGAUCUACCCCCAAGGAAACACCGUUGCCACAUCUGGCUAAGACUGCUUUCCCAGCUGAGGCUUUCAAGAAAUGGGUUCAAACAGUCCUGUCCACUACGCAAGUCACACAAAAUGUGAUACUGCUAGCUUUGAUGUUUGUUUACCGACUGAAGAUGACAAACCCUUCUGUGAGAGGGCGGCCUGGGAGUGAGUAUAGGCUGCUGACUGUGGCAUUAAUGUUGGGCAACAAAUUCUUGGACGAUAACACAUACACCAACAAAACCUGGGCCGAGGUGUCGGGCAUCUCUGUGCAGGAAAUCCACGUUAUGGAGGUCGAGUUUUUGAGCAACAUGAGAUAUGCUUUGCUUGCAUCGAAGGAACAGUGGGAGGAAUGGCUCGACAAGCUGGGUGCCUAUUUCGAGUUCUGGGCGCGUGUGACCAGGCCGGCAUCUCCUGCAAUGAUACCACCAUCGCCGACGCUCUUCAUUCCGUCACCCACGAUUGGGAAGGGCUACUCGCCUUUGCCGUCCCCGACAAGUUCUCUCCAGCCCACGCAAGCCCUCUUCACAACGAGGUCUCCGAAGUAUUCGCCCCCUACCCUCUCGUCGAAUCACAACUUGGGUUACCACCAGCCUCUUUUCAUGUCGAGCAGCAACGGGAACAAUGUCUCGCCCCUGGCGAACAGGCCCGACCUUGGCAACAACAGGAAGAGGUCCUGGGACGAGGAGGCUGUCGAUCCUCCAGCGAAGCGUGCUUACAGGGCACCUCCGCAGUUGACAGGCCCCUUGAUGUCAUCUUCGACGCCGAACACGAAACCGCCUCCGGACCCUCGACGGUUACCCAUUCCAAACCUUACUCUAAACACAGCACAUCACGCACCACCGGUGACUCAGUCUCAGUACCCGCCUGCAGCGUACUCCAUGCCACAGACCGUCACGCUUUCCUUGCCUCCCCUGGAGCCUGGAAUGCGAGCCAUGUCGACAGUCUAUGCACCCCCGACGACUUCUUGGGCACCCCCGAACAGUGGCUCGUCACAGCCGAACAUGCCCUCCGCCCCAAUUCUUACCACGCCGACCUCGCAUUAUCCGCCCACCUCGAACGCAACGUAUGGCACUCCCACGAAGCGCCUCAGUCCGAUCAGCACCCUGGGCAACGCGAAUUACAACGGAUCUUCUCCGCUGCACGAGCAAUACCCUCACAAUGGUUUCGCAACCCCAAUUUCUCACUCUCCGUCUGUCUACCUGCAGCAGCGUGACAGUCCUUACCGACCCAUCCGGCACGUCCACACUCUACUGAACCCGCCACCGUCUUCCAGCUUGCAGGGCUACCAUCUACCAGCAAUUGCACCAAGCCAGAUGCAUUACCAGCCGAUUGGCAGGAGGGAUGAUUAUCGUACUGGAAUUGUGCCCGAGUACCGAAACCAGGCUGCUUACGCUGCUAACCCACGGAACCAGGGCAUGACACCUGUGCCGUCCGUGCCUAGCCAGCAGCGAUAUCCGAAUCUGGUUAAUUAG